AUGGUUUCUUACUAUCAAAUUGCCGGAAAGCAAGUCGGCUCUCACUACUUAGCUAUGGCAGUUCUCGGUUCGAUGGCUGGUAUCGUCACUUUGUCUACUCGUGGUGGAUCUGCUGCAAAGAAGGACUCAACUCCACCAAUUAACGCCAAAAGUCCAGAUGAGGAGAAAUACAUCAAGGAAUUCAUGGCAAGCAUCGAAGGAGGCAAGAGUGGAAACAACGUAGACUCAACCAAGAAGGAUGCAGGAAGAUAA